GUGAAAUGUUUGUAUUGCUUCUUUCAAGCAGUGUCCCAUUUUGGUCGGGUAGCUGAAACUCGGAUGGCCUAAACAAGGAAUGUUGUUUGCUAACUAAAAGGGCAUUCGUUCUGAAAUAUAUCUAAGCCAGGGUAAUUCUUCGUACAUUGGACGUUGUUAGCAAUAGAUGUGGUAGACGCUGUAAUGUAUUUUUUUGGCUUCAGAAUUAGCAUGACUGACAUGACUUGCUAAUGUUUUUCUAACUAGCUCGCUAUAAGUUGGUUAAUUCAGCUUACAGUAUUCAUCUAACUAGCUGCGUGCGUUUAAAGGUACCUGGUCACUGUAGAGUUUUGCACAAGUUAAAUAUUUGGACGCACUGAGCUUUAUACACGAUUCUACAAACAAGGACUGGUGUGUUUUUCUAACGGCAACCAUCCCUAAUUCCAUUGGUUGCUAACUGUUUGGUAGCCAGCUUAGUUAUCAUAUCGUUUUAGCUAAGUUAACUUGCAGCAGUAAAGCAUCUACUGUCACGCAUAUUAUCGGAUUGUAUAAAAGCACAUGAUGGUCGCAUAGUAGCAUUUAGUCAAACGUGUCCUGUUGCACUUAGGUCAAUCACGAAAAUAGCUGAUAGGGUAAACGUGCCCGUAGGUAAGGUCAAACCUUUUGACUCUACAUUAGGUGCAUUAAAACAUAUGUUUUUGCAGUUAGACAAAGUCUAAUAGCGACAAUGUCUUUAGUAGCAUAUGGAAGUAGCGGUUCUGACAGUGAUUCAGACGACAAGCCCGUUAGUCGUCCAGCAGAAAGCAAAAUUGGAAGGGGGCUGUUUUCCAUCCUGCCCUCGCCGAAGAAUGCUCAUCAGCAGAGUACCGCUAGAGGUACAAGUUUGGGAAGUAACUUUUCUACUAAAGACCACGGGUCGGAAAAUACAACGCCAGGUUUUAGCAAGAGACCUCAAAGCAACUUGGAAACGAAAGGUUUACUAGAUUUGCCCAAGCCCAAGAAGCGGACAGAGCCAGUGAAAAUCACCAUUCCAGACAUAAAGCACGCUGACUCUGACUCGGACGAGGAUGAACCUAAGAAGAGAAAGAGGAUUCAAACUCAGGGCAGUGGACUCUCCUCUCUGCUUCCCCAACCCAAAAACAUGGUAGUGAAAGAGACCCACCGUCCAUUAGUGCCACAUUCCCUCACCAAACACGCUGCCCUUGCCCGGACUCAGGCGGCCACCCCCAAGAGCCUGUCGAGCUCCACCAAUGCCUCGCCCUCUGCAAUCAAGGCCGCGGCCAAGUCUGCCGCCAUGCAGCUCGCACGGCAGAUGGCCGCCGAAGAGGAGGGCAGCGACGAAGAGCUGGCCCCCGAGAACUACUUCUCUCUGGGGGAGAGCUCACAGCCUCCCCUGCUGGUCUCUAAGGAUGGCGUGGUCCCCGCCGGCGUACCUCUUCCGCCUGGCACAGAGAAUGCCCCCCUGCAGUUCGGUGCCCGCCUGCCUGGCUACUCAGGCGAAGGUGCUGACUUUGACGUCAAGCAGCAGGACGCAGCCUACCAGCAGUACCAGGAUCCGGCCGGGGAGCCAGGCUCGGAGCCUACCAGUGAGGGCUACUAUGCUGGUGGAUACUUCCCAGAUGCGGAGCCUGAGCAGGCUGGGUCAUCCUCGCUGUUUGAUGAUGAGGCAUUCCGGCGGUUGCAGGGCAAAAGGAAUCAGGGCAAAGAGGAGGUGAAGUUCCUGGAGAUUCGGGGGGACGACCAGCUCAGCGGGGCACAGAACUGGAUGACGAAGAACAUAACGGAGGAGAAGGAGCAGCGCUCGUCCUUCAGCAAGAAAAAGGGCGGACAACCAACUGGACAGCAGAGGCGCAAACACCAGAUCACAUAUCUCAUCCACCAGGCCAAGGAGCGAGAACUGGAACUGAAGAACUCCUGGUCCGACAACAAGCUGACUCGCAGGCAGACGCAAGCUAAAUACGGCUUUUGAGGAUGUUGAGGCCUCGGCGGUCUUCCCCGUACAGCUCAAACUGCUCCACUUUCUUUCACUCCACAGAGUGGGACACUGCGUAGGCUAGUGGAGGCAUGCACUGUUUGUAUGUGGUUAGUCUCAGUCACCUCUGAGUCACUUCCUCCCCCAGGGUCUGUCUGUUGGAACUGUUCUUCUGUGUGUACUGUGCGUCCAUUUACCCGGCCAAGGAGCAAAUUGUGAAUACACAAUGAGGUCAGUUUUCGCUUGGUUUUGACCAUAAUCAAUCAUCUCAUCAGAGAAGUUGUUGACUGUGAAUUAAUGGCAUAUUUUAAAGAUAAAAAUCUUUUUUUUCCCCCACGUCCUUGUAAUUGACAUAUAAACUUCACCUCUGUAAAUAAGAAUGAACAGUAAACCAAGGUACCAUAUGAUGUCAUUUAUUUCGUGUUGAAUAAUGUUAUUUUGCACAAUGCAGAUACCUGUAAUAUUUUGAUGCUUCAACCCCUUCUCCAUUCCGACCAACCCUCUAUGAGACCUUGCAAUGUUAGUCAAACCAAGGUUCAAGGGGCGGCCAGUACCAGUUAGAAUACCCUAUGGUGUGAAGACAGAUUGCUGUACUUGUUUUUUUAGCUAAUCCAUUUUUAGCACUAGUUGUUGUUCACAAGUGCCUGUGAACAUGAAACUCAGACCAUAAAACCAAACUAAAAUCAUACCUGUAUAGUCCUCCCCCCUUGGUCACCAUUACCAUAGGCUAUCAUGAAAUAAAAUUGCACAGGCAUCACAAUUUGAGUGUAGGGACUGUUUUUCAGCCUCUUGCUAUUUUAAAUGUGUCUGUCCAUCAGUUUUGUUUUGACACUUCCAAGCAUCCCUUCAUGACUUUCCUCCUCCCCCAUGUCUGUUGUAUUUGGGUUAAGGCACUUAUGUCUUCUCACUCUCCAGUCCUUCAAAUUGAGGGCUUGUUACCCUAGAUGCGGAAAUAAAAUGGUGUUCGUUCGGGGCCUUCUUGGAUUCAGUAUGGGGCUUGUGAAGACGCAGCACUCUUUUCCCUCAUUAGCUUCCACUGUGUGCCCGUGGACAGGGCACUUAACCCCAUAUUUCUCUAGCGAGCAGCUUUUAGUGCUAUUUAGGUCAAGCGCUGCAGGUCCCAGAUGUGUAUGUACAGAAGUGUGUUGCAGACAAAGCAGAAGCUGUCUUAAUUUGUCCCGCGCAGAGUCACAGCAAACUUGGAGUGGAUUGAGGGUGGAGGAAGGAAGGACAAACCAGCGAAGUAGCCUAUAACUAAACUAUUAGGUGAUGAGUUUAAAGCCUACUUUGUACUUAUGGUCAGGGCCUACCGUUUAGCCUUUAUGUUAGAUGGGAUACCCACCCAAGGAAAAACGUUCCAUUAAAAUAAAUAAAAAAGGUUAAACUGAUAAUGUAUUUAAAUUGAACUAGUUAUUGAAGUUGUGAACAAAUGUUUAAGAAAAACCAUGCAACAGCUGAUGGGCCUCUGUUUAUUUUGUCAUUGUCAAAGGGGGGCCUGCCAUGAAAAGUUUGGGAACCACUGCCCUAGAUAAAACAUAAUGUCAUGUAAAGUCAUAAAAUGACUUGAAUUUCCUGUGUAUUCAAAUAAAUUGCACACAUAUUUUA